AUGGCCCACGAGAGGAAAUCCCGCAGAAUUGGAAUCAUUGGUUUCGGUCACUUAGGUCAGUACCUGACAGAAAUGAUUGAAGAAAAGGGGCAUCUGUAUGGCCUUGAACUAGCUUUUGUGUGGAACAGAAAUCAGGAGAAGAUGGAAGGGAAAGUUCGAAAGGAAAUGCAGCUGGAGGAUCUCAGCAUGUUUAUUGAGCGACGUGCUGACCUCAUUGUGGAAGUAGCUCAUCCUCAGAUAAUAAAGGAUUACGGUGAAGAGUUUCUGAAACAUGCGGAUUUUAUGGUUGGUUCUCCAACUGCAUUUGCUGAACUGGGACUCGAUACUAAAUGUCGAAAGGCGGCAAGCAGAUAUGGACACACCUUAUACAUACCCAGUGGGGCCCUCUGGGGGGCAGAGGAUAUCCAGAAAAUGGCUGACAGAGGAACCCUGAAGGGUCUGAAGGUGACAAUGUGCAAACAUCCAGACAGCUUCAAACUGCGAGGUCACCUCCAGGAGCUGAAGGAAAGCAUGAAGGGCCAGCGGGUUGUGCUGUACGAUGGGCCAGUGAGGAACCUGUGUGACCUUGCACCGAACAAUGUCAACACCAUGGCUGCUGCAGCCAUGGCUGGACACACUCUGGGCUUUGACCAUGUGCAAGGAAGCCUGGUGGCUGAUCCUGAUCUAUUGAAUUUUCACCUUGUGGAUAUUGAAGUAACUGGUCCAGUAGACAAGUCCUCAGGCCAUGAAUUUACCGUCAAGACAAGCCGGAGGAACCCAGCCCCUGUGGGGGAAGUGACAGGCAUGGCUACUUACACUUCAUUCUGGAGUAGUGUGCUUAACUGUAAAGGUCAUGGAGGCAAACUCUUUCUUUGUUGA